AGGACUUCUACGGGGAAGAGCUAAGGCUGCUGGUUGUGGGGUACAUUCGUGCAGAGGCUGACUUCCCUGACCUGCCUUCAUUUAUUGCACGCAUUCACCAGGAUGGGGAGAUCGCACGCAAAGCUCUAGACCACCCACCCUUCGCUGUAUACAGGACUGACCCUUUCCUCAAUAUCCCUUAA